CAGCGACGCUCAGCAGCAGCAGCAGCAGCAGAGGAGGAAGAGGGGAGCCGAGCGCAUCAUAAAGUUUGAGGCUGAAGCUGUUCAGGACACAGCGGACACACCGGCAACCUUAUACGGAAUCAGGGGUCUCGUCUGUGCUUCGAGGAAGUGUCCUGGAGGAGAAAUGUGGACGAGUGGACGAGAACUAGCGAGCGAGACGAGGCUUAUGGACGACAGAAUAUGGAGAGUUGAUUGGAUUGCUCAGCUUGACCAGGAACAUCUGAUGACACAAAGUCCGUUAACAUCCUUCUGUCAUGUCUGCUGAGGACUGUUGGGACAGCCCCAUAGACUGAAGACUGCACUGGAUGAAGUCACUUUUCAUUUAUGACUGACACCUUAACAUAUCUGACUCACCCUCUCAGAACCGUCCCAUCUCUACCUCUUGUUGCUUUACUGCUUGUCAAGAGAGGCAGUUUUUGAAGAGAUCAUCCCAAAGGAAAUUGUGAAAGGGACAUAUUUGAACUCUUGACAGCUCUGACCCACUUAUCACGCUCAACUAGCCUGAUGAAAGGAGAACUUUGCAUCUAGCAGGCAACGUCAGCAAAGGUGAUGCACUGUUUUAUAUUCAGGGCCAUCGAUCCACUGACCUCUUGAUCUAAUGAGCCACACGCAAACACACACACAUGAAUACGUCCAGGCAGAAGUGCACACACAAACACAUAGCUGGUCCCUGCAGCUCAGCUAUACCCAAUUGAGUGUUGUAAGUCCAUCUGUACACUAUUAACUCCCAUUGAUAACACUGACCUUGGUUGUGAUCGGACCCGUGUUUGUGUGUUUGCAUUAGCAGGAGGCGGUGUCACGUCCUGUCUGCUCUGAUUGAGAGUGAAAAUAAGAGCUGAUGUGGCAGAGUGGCCCUGAUAUAUACCCUAAAAAUAUUACCGCCUGAGGGUGGUCACUCAAAUAGAAAAGAAGUCCAUAUUAAUUGAAAAGUGUGUGUGCUCGUAUGCAUGUGUCUGUCACAUUGUCAGAUCAUAUUAGGGUCAGGGCUGUCUGGGUCAUGUCACUUUGACUGACCUAGAUUUGACAAAAGAAACUGGUCAGUAGAGCAAAAAUGUGUGCGCAAGUUCUGCCGUGAUCAGAACACACACACAUCUUACACAAAUACAGAACAGGAGAUUGCUCUGCAGUGUUCCCACUUGUUACUCACCUGCUACCUAACUUCCUGUUUAGGCUUCAUGUCCUUCACCCAAUAAACAGGGUCUACAAUAUAAAGCUUUAAAGCCGCCUUCUUAUUAAACUUGUAAUCAAACCCCAAAUCUCCAGUUUUGCCCCCUGCGCCGCCCCUCAUGAACACCUUCCCUUCCUUCUCCGCACCUCCUCCCAACACACCAACCAUCCAGUCAGUGUGUAAGCCCUGCCUUCGGGCCCCGUGGAGGAUGAACGAUGUGCCCACACUUGACUACGAGUUGCUGCUGUCCCCAGCCAGCUCUUCCCUCCCCGGCAGCCCUGGUGGUGGCAGCAGCAGCCCCCCUCUGGCCUUGGUUGGGGUGGACAAUGAGCAGCGCACCGCCUUGGCCUUCGUAGGCCUCCUUAUGCUCUUCCUGGUCUUCCUGCUGGUCAGGUGCUUCAGGAUCCUGCUGGACCCCUACAGCCGCAUGCCUGCAUCAUCCUGGACUGACCACAAGGAGGGGUUGGAGAGGGGUCAGUUUGAUUAUGCACUGGUGUAGGGUAACGUGUCAAGAAGGUGUGGAAAGGGGGAUGUUUCAUUGCACACAGACAGGAUCUUUAAGAGUGUUGACUCAUUUAGAUGUGGACUUGGACAGUUACAACGCAUAAUAUUGUGAAUGCACUCAAGGAGGGGAUUUUUUUCUGAUGUUGGUGUAAGCCUGGUUUCAUAUCACUGUAUUUCAGACUGUGUACUGGUGUAAAUAUGAGGCUACACAACCCAAUGUUACCAUGUCAAGUCUGGUUCAACAAGAGGCACACAUGCCACUGGAAUCGCUGCAAGCCAAACACUCAUCCAGACCCAGAUGUUGGACCAUGAAGGACAGAAAUAAUUUAGCUGCACAGCUGCCUUAACCUGACCUACUGUACUAGUCUAACAUGCUACUACGUCUCACAACCUCACUUUAGGGCUUGUCAGUAUUACAAUACAGCUUAAUGCUGAGAACACCACUUUCACUCACAAUAUAGUUUAUAACCUCAAAGCUACAUUUUUUGAAACGAGAGCACUAAAACACAGGCAAAACUGGUGGAGUUUACGCUUAAGCAGAUGCCCCUUUAAUGAAUUAAGGUCCAUUAUAAAGCAUCCAAGUGUUAAGUGCUGAUCAAGGAGCACAAAUCCUCACAUUUUUUGUGCUGAUUCUAAUUUCAGACACUGAUCCUCGAGCAGCACUGCAGUUUCAGAUGCUUUCUAAGGCCCAACAAGUAGUUUGUGUCUCCAUGAAAUCUUGUCAGUGUAUGUUUUGUGUGUUAGUGUCUAUAACUGAGAAGCCAUAUUGAAACUAUAUAUAUGUGUGUAUAUAUAUAUAUACAUAUAUAUAUAUAUAUAUAUAUGUAUGUAUAUAUAUAUAUAUCUUAUUACUGCAAGUAGGGUUUAUGUUAAUUGGUUGUUUCCUUUGCUUUAGUCAGCCUGCCAAGUGUGGUGAUGAAGCAAACAGCAACCUUUAGGCAAAAGAAGGCUUUAUUUUUCUAUUCUUGACUCAAGUUUGGGAGUCUCCUUUUUGCUAUCUUUCUGUCCUUCCUCUUACUGUAUCAAUCUUUAGACUGUGGAUUUUUUAGGUAGUCAUGCAGCCACAUCUUAGAAGGAGGCAAAGCAGGUAGCUUUGCUUUUUCCUGUUUUGUAAUUACAUAUUUUUCUGACUGUCUGCUUUGUUUUUGAUACACUGGGUUGAAUCAGUGACAAUAAAAAGAAUUCUUCUUCUUUAAUUACUCUUCCUGAUUUCCACUGAUA